ACGUGGGCGCGCUGGGGCUGCGGGAGCCGAGCUCGGAGCCUCCCGGCCGCCGCCGCCGCCGCCGCCAGCCUUCCUCCUCCCUCGGCCCCCGCCGCGCCCGCGCCGGGAGCCCUCCGGGCCUUGUCGGCGGCGUGAGCGGCCCCCAGCUGCGCCGGCAGCUGGGUCCGGGCGGGGGCGCGCGCACAUGGCGACCCAGGCGCACUCGCUUAGCUACGGGGGCUGCAACUUCUUCCGCCAGCGCCUCGUCUUGUCCACCCUGAGCGGGCGCCCCGUGAAGAUCCGCAAGAUCCGGGCCAAAGACGAGAACCCCGGCCUCCGAGAUUUUGAAGCCAGUUUUGUACGACUUUUAGAUAAAAUAACCAAUGGCUCUCGAAUUGAAAUAAAUCAAACAGGAACUACUUUAUAUUAUCAGCCUGGGCUCCUGUAUGGUGGAUCAGUGGAACAUGACUGCAGUACCCAUCGGAGUAUUGGGUAUUACCUGGAGAGUCUCCUUUGCCUGGCCCCCUUUAUGAAGCACCCACUAAAAGCAGUUCUCCGAGGCAUAACUAAUGACCAGAUCGACCCUUCAGUGGAUGUUCUGAAGGCAACAGCCCUUCCUUUAUUGAAACAAUUUGGAAUUGAUGGCGAAUCAUUUGAGCUUAAGAUUGUUCGACGAGGAAUGCCCCCAGGAGGAGGAGGGGAAGUUUUCUUCUCCUGUCCUGUGAGGAAACUGUUGAAACCCAUUCAGCUUACAGACCCUGGCAAAAUUAAACGUAUCCGAGGAAUGGCUUACUCCGUACGAGUAUCGCCUCAGAUUGCCAAUCGCAUCGUGGAGUCUUCUCGGAGCAUCCUUAACAAAUUCAUUCCCGAUAUUUAUAUUUACACGGACCACAUGAAAGGGAUCAAUUCUGGAAAGUCUCCGGGCUUUGGGCUCUCACUUGUUGCUGAGACCACCAAUGGUACCUUCCUCAGUGCGGAAUUGGCCUCGAACCCCCAGGGUCAGGGAACAGCAGUGCUCCCGGAAGACCUUGGCAGGAACUGUGCAAAGCUGUUGCUAGAAGAGAUUUAUAGAGGGGGUUGUGUAGACUCCACCAACCAGAGUUUAGUUCUGCUCCUCAUGACCCUUGGACAGCAGGAUGUUUCCAAAGUCCUGCUAGGACCGCUGUCUCCCUACACAAUAGAAUUUUUGCGGCAUUUGAAGAGUUUCUUCCAAAUCAUGUUCAAAAUUGAAACUAAGCCAUGUGGUGAAGAGCUUAAGGGAGGGGAGAAGGUACUGAUGACAUGUGUGGGAGUUGGCUUCUCAAACCUCAGCAAGACCAUCAAGUAACCUAACUUCCACCUUCAAGUCAGACCAGACCAGACUGAAAAGUGAAGAUUCUUGAAGACUACCAAACAUCCAUUUAGAACAGGGCAGCCACAAAUAUUAAGGACUUUUUUUCUUUUUUUAUAGGACAUUAAAAAUAAAAGACAUUUAAAUAACAUAAUUACCCUCUUCCAGGUUGGUUUAAGAAGAGAUUUCCCUCAGAGAUAUGGGGAGAGAGUGUGAAGCUAAGUGUGUUGGGUGGCUGUCCUGUUUGAACUGUA